AAGGAGGCCAGAGCGUGCGAAGAAGAAGAUGCCAAUACUAAUACAACUCUACAAUUGGGCGGUAGUGUUGGGAAUGCGCAAACCAUGUCAACGAUUCACCUGAGAAAUUUGUUGGGUUGAGUGUGUGUUUUGCAAAUUCAUACGCUCUGAUUGUGGAGAGCAAACCUGUGACUGAGCUAGAGCGAAGCAGCAGCAACAGCAGCAUGUUAGGCGGAGCUGUGGACCUCGAUGUCGCCUUCAUUGGCGUGGGCUGCAACAGAGUCGUCGGAGCAAUCGCUUGGGGCCCCUGCAAUCUCGUAGCGUUUGCUGCACAUCACUCUGUAGCUGUCUUCGAUCCUAAGCUUGCUAGAGUACUUACAACCUUGCAAGGUCACAAGGAUCUGGUAAAUUGUGUAGAGUGGAUCCCUAAGCAUGGCAUUGGAAAUUCAGGUGAGACUGGCGCAGAGAAAUUUCUGUUGUCAGGAGGUGCUGACGGAGGGAUCUUUGUUUGGGCUUACUUGCCUUCAGAGAACGAGUGGAGGGUGGCUAAAGAAGUUCCAGGAGCACAUGAUAAAGCAGUUACAUGCAUAGCAGGGUGCCAGCUCUCAGCAAAUGAGACACUCGUCGCUUCAACAUCUUCCGAUGGCACAGUUCGUGUCUGGCAUGCUUCCGUACCAAAACAAGCCGGUGGUGCUUGCGAAUUCACUAUGCUUCAAAGUAUCAGUGUUGGCACAAAAGUUAUGGUUGCCGUAACGCUCUCGCCUCUCCCGAGCAGUUCCAGCUCAUAUCUGAUUGCCGUGGGAGGACUUGACAAUCAUGUUUAUUUGUAUGUUGGAUGCACGACGGGGCAGUUCAAGCAAGUCUGCCAGUUAAAGGGUCAUCAGGACUGGAUACGAGCACUGGAUUUCUCUUGUCCUGUCAAGGAUGAGUCUGGUCUUGCUGUGUUUUUGGCAAGCUCUGCCCAAGAUAGGAUGAUUCGCAUGUGGAAGAUUUGUGCGAAAAGAGGUUCAUCACCGGAUGUGAACAUAACCACACAACCUAGUCUCAGAAUGUAUAUUGAAGGGCCUGUUUUCAAGGCAGAUGGUAACUCUUGGCAAGUGUCGUUGGAAUCCUUACUAGUAGGUCACGAAGACUGGGUAUAUUCAGUGGUAUGGCAGCCUCCGCAACAUGUUGACACUGAUGGGAUUCCUCUUCAAUCGAUGUGUGUUCUGUCAGCUUCUAUGGAUAGAACCAUGAUGAUAUGGAAACCUGAUUUCAAGUCAGGAAUCUGGAUGAAUGUUGUCACUGUGGGUGAGCUAGGCCACACUGCUUUAGGCUUCUAUGGAGCGGCAUGGGGUCCUCAAGGAAAUGCUAUACUUGCUCAUGGAUAUAGUGGAUCUUUGCACAUGUGGGCUAAAAUUGGAGAUGACUGGAUACCUCAGCUUGUUCCAUCUGGUCAUUCUGCUCCAGUGGUGGAUUUAUCUUGGGGCAAGCUGGAUCGCUAUCUCUUGUCUGCAAGCCAUGAUCAGACUACUCGUCUGUUUGCUUGUUGGGAAAGAGACGGAGAUGAGGCGGGCCUUAGACCAUCAUGGCACGAAAUUGCCCGACCUCAGGUGCAUGGGCACGACUUCAAUUGCCUAGCAGUGGUCAAAGGUCCAGGAAACCACUGUUACGUGAGCGGAGCAGACGAAAAAGUCGCGAGAGUCUUUGAAGCUCCUGGAGCCUUUCUAGAUAGUCUGAACACAUUUACAGGGUUGGCAGAUGCUGAUGGAUUCAAGAGGGAGGAUGUUCAAAUCAUAGGUGCAAAUAUGUCAGCUCUCGGCUUAUCACAAAAGCCAAUUUACACUCAAGGAGCUGCAAGAAGAGACGUUGGGAACGCAGAACUAAGCGGCGACCCUAUGAUGGAGGAAUUACCAGAAGCGAAACCCAUGAUUCUUACAGAGCCCCCUUUGGAGGAACACUUGGCGCAUAACACACUUUGGCCAGAGACACACAAGCUGUAUGGUCAUGGCAAUGAACUCUUUGCCAUGUGCUGUAAUAAUGGCGGUCAGCUUCUUGCAACAGCUUGCAAGGCUCAAACUAUGAAUGUGGCUGAAAUCUGGUUAUGGUAUGUCAAUUCCUGGAGAGUUGCUGGACGACUGCAGUCGCACACGUUGACCGUAACUCAGUUAGAAUUUUCUCCUGAUAAUCUAUUUCUGUUGUCCGUCUCCCGAGAUCGCCAUUUCACAGUGUUUCAACUCAAACAAUCAGGUACUGGGGAAGAGGAGGUCCAGCACAAGCUAUUGGCAAGAGUAGAUGCCCAUAAACGUAUCAUAUGGGCUUGCUCUUGGAGUCCGUGUUCCCGCUUUUUUGCAACUGGAUCACGGGACAGAUCAGUCAAAAUUUGGGAACUUUCAGAAAAUGGUGAUGGCAAUUUUCAAGUGAAGCUCAUCACCGCACUUCCUCUCUUCAAAUGCAGCGUGACGGCUUUGGCCUGGGCCCCAUUUACUGCGUCGCAGAAAUCGUAUUUACUUGCGGUUGGGAAGGAAGACGGUACACUUGAGGUGUGGAGGGGUUUUGUAACACCUUCUGCGGAUGCUGCCACUUCAGAAAAGUAUCCGCAAGAGACAAGAAAGCUAGAUAUGUCCUUUUGUUCAAGAGUGGAGAGGUUUCUGUGUCAUGGAGCCACAAUUCACCGGCUCCGUUGGAGAGACCUAUCCACCUCUGUCACACAGAAGCAAGGUGAUCAACAGAGUGGGUUGGAAAUCAGCAAAGAUUUAGAGAGGUUGCAGUUGGCCUCAUGUGGGGCUGAUCACACAGUAAGGAUUUAUGAUGUUCACAUCAGCUAAUAUGAUUUGAUAACCAUGCCCUAGA